AUGAGUGCCUUAAAGUUUUCAAGAAUGCUUAUAUCUCCCACCGCUUUCUGCAUUUUGGUCCUCACUGCUUCUCUUUAUCUUCUCCCUUUCACUUUCUGUUCUCAUCUUCCCCACUUGAAUCGCUUUGCAACUCACAACUUCACUAAUAUUGACCACAUUCCCAACAAGGUGAGCAGUGGGAAGAUAUCUGAUAUUACAAUUCAUGGAUUGUUGCUGUGGGCUUCAAUGGGAUUGUUCUUGCCUCUUGGGAUUCUUAUUAUCAGAAUUUCAAAUAUUACACAACAACCUUCCUCAUCAAACAGAACUUCACUUCUUUUCUAUCUCCACGUUGCUUUUCAGAUGAUUUCAGUGCUUCUGACUACGGUUGGAGCAGCCAUGUCUCUGAAGAAGUUUGAGAAUUCAUUUGAUAACAGCCAUCAAAGACUGGGUCUUGCACUUUAUGCUGCUGUUUUGCUACAAGCCUUCCUUGGCUUUUUCAGGCCUCACAGGGGAAAGAAAGAGAGGAGAUAUUGGUACAUAGUGCAUUGGAUAGUAGGAACAAUAGUUUCACUUGUGGGGAUCAUCAAUAUAUACACAGGCUUAAAGGCUUACCAUGAGAGAACCUUGAAAAGCACUUCUCUUUGGACCAUCCUUUUCACUUUACAAGUCUCUUUCUUUGCUUUGCUUUUUCUCCUUCAAGACAAAUUGGAUUACUUGAAAAAGCAAACUCUCAUUCUACCCACUGCCACUCAUCAUUCUUCUUCAUCAAUUAAUGUUGCCCACUCCAAUAAUCCUCAUCAAAUCCAUAUCCCACAAAGUCAUACCCACCAUAAAGAGUUGAUGAUUCCAGUCUCAUCUCCAAAAUCUAAUGCACUUGCUAGCUUGUUUGACUCAUAAUCCUUCGUUUUUCUUCUAUUUU